AUGUUCGAAGUAAAUGUCAAAACGCUUGAUGGGAACUCAAAAACUUUUCAAAUUGACGAUGAGGAUCUCACGGUAGCUGCCUUCAAGCAAUUAAUUGCUACGGAAAUGGAUAUCCCCAUCGAGAAUCAACGGUUGAUAUUUCAAGGAAAAGUUCUUGUAGACGAGAGAAAAUUGAAAGAUUGCGAUGUUGAAUCCAAGACUAUUCACUUGGUUCCCAGACCUCCGCCUCAGCUACAAACUGACACUGACCCUUCAACUUCAUCAACACCUGGUGACCUUCCCUCGCAACCUUUUGCUCUGCCUAAUAUGCUACGGUUCCAAGGUCUGCGACAGGCCGUCCAAAAUGUAACCCAAGGCCUCCUUUCCAGCUUGCAAGACUUGGGUCAGCCUUCUGACAUGGCGAUGCGAACGGAUAAUGAAGGUAAUAUUGACAUCCGUCUAGACAUUCCAUUCUUGGGUCUACGCGAAAAUCACUUUCGACGUCUGCACCGUCAGGCAACGAGUUUGCUAAAUUCACUCGAUGGUAUUGCUCGCACUGAGCCGUCGGAAAACCCUCAGCCACAGUCAACUUCAUCGCCCGCUUCUACUGGUGUAAAUGAUCAGAACUCCGCUACCGAAGCGGCUUCCAAUGCCACUGCACCGGCCACUCCUGCGCAAUCUAGCACCGUCACUUUCGCGCGUCUAGCGGAUAUGAUGGCCGAACAGAGGCGACUCUGGGAAAGGUUGCAGCCUCAUUUGGAUCAGUGGGAGGCCAUGCUGCGUAGUGAACACGAAGCACAAGCCCGAAUUUCGUCCUCUAGAGAAGUAAACGCCACCGGAUCUGACUUACCACUCACUCCAACACCGAUGGAGCAGGAGCCCAUGGAUGUUUCGGAAUCAGCACCACAUGUUGAGUGGUCCCAGCGUUUUUUCAACCAAGUCAGCUUUCUCCUUCAUCAAAACUCGCACAUGCUCCACCUGCUCUCUGACUUUGCUGCCUCCACUGCGCGCACCCAGACGCCAACACCGACCGCACCUGAGCCACAGGCGUCCUCCGGUCCUUCCAGGACCGCAACGCCGACAACAAUCACGUCUGACGCUCCGGCAGAGUCAGCAGCGGCUGCUGUGCCUCCACGUCAGGCUCAUCCACGGCGCACACUCGUAGUUCCAGAACGCGAAUCACCUGUAGUGUAUGCGCACAUAAACAUCGAACCCACCGUAGUUACUUUCACCAGGCCUUUAGGCAACAUGACUGCAGAACGCGCAGAACCAACGACUGAAAACGCUAGUGGUGAAGAAACGCCUAGGCGACGAAGCCAAUCAGCUCAUCAACCUGCUCCUUUGGGCACGGAGGACGCUGCUUCCGAGUCUCGGCCAGAGGGUGCGGCCCAGGGUGCCUUCAACCUCCCUACCACCUUUGUUAUUGAGACACCUGCCGACGCUUCUGGUCAGGACCCAAGUCAGCCCCAAGCGUUCAGCGCAGGUUUGUUGCUUCAAUCCAUGUUCAACCAGGCGACUCAGGCACCACGCCAAUCCCCACAACAGCAGCAGCAGCAGCAGCCUCAGCCCACUCAGCCGCAAGCGCGUGUGGUGAACACGGCUUCGUCGGGGUCGACAACGGAGUCGGCUCGGGCGCCGCUGUUUCUGCCGCACCAGCUGUUUCCACCGAGCAGGCGCGUUGGGCGUGGCGGUGACGUGGGCGAUCCCUUUUUGCCCUGCAACUCGCGCCACUUUGCGUAUCUGGCCACAGGCGCCAGUGCUCGGCACAGACCUCGGUCAACCGUCGGACCGACGCAGCGUCGUGGCCGAUCGGCGGGGGCGCACGUCGACGCUCCUCGGGUGAAUAAUCGGCCUCCCACGACUACGACGCCGGUGACGCCAUCUUCCGGUCCGACUUCCAACGCACCGCCUCCGACGACAACAGUGCAUUCAGUGAGCAUCCCGCUGAACCACUUCGGCACCUUCAGCUCGGCCACCGCGGCAGCCGGCAGGAAUUUGAACGACAUCGCCAAUCAGCUGACUCAGGCGCUGGCCACCGGCAUGGGAGGGCUGGUCCAGCAGUCACAACAGCAACCGCAGCAGCAACGCCACGCCACCGGCGGCAGCUUUGUGCUCGGACCGUUCACCUGGGUUCUCAACCACCCGCAUGGCGGCGGUGUGCAGGUUGUGUCGGGUCCUUCAACUGCUCCCACCACUGAACCUACUGGGUCGUCCACAGGACCUGCCUACCAAGAACUCACCGGAGAGACACAGCUGACUCUUCUCCCCGGCGUGCUCAUGGAGGGGGCCUUGCGAACCAUCUGGUCCUUCAUCGCAGAUCUGGCUCAAAAUCAACUACCGCCGGAGACUGCUCCAACCGUGGACAUGUCUGCCUGGGCCUCGCCUAGUGCUCACGUUGUCGGUCGCUGGAGUCGCGACAGUCCUUCGCCCUUUCUGCAGGUUCUGCUGCACCUUCGCGAGAGCCUGCGGACGUCCGGCCACUUGUCGUCCCCCAACCCCAACUUCCCGAUCAGCAGCAGUCUGGACCACCUGAGGCAGCCCCUGCGACGUCUGCUGCCUGCCAACUUCGAGGCCGAUCGGGAUUCCACACGCGACGCACUUGCCAGUGCCUUUCUUGCCGACUGUAUCAGUGAUGAGGCCUGCGCCGAUGCACCGGAGCGAGAACUAGUCGCUUGGGCGGCCACGAUUUGCGAAAACGCAUCACCCGUUGAUCUCAGACGAAGCCUGUACAACUUCUUGACACAUCGCAUAAUGAGCCAAAUGUCCCUAUGGUACCACAGUCCUACAGACAGCGCAUUCGGAAGCCUCCUGGUGAUGUCUCUGGAACAGUCUGUCACGGAUUUGUUUGGCUUCAUGGAUUUCCUGGCCCAAACCGCGGCGAACCGUCUAGGACUGAGUCCGGAAAGCGGUGUCAAUGUCGGCGGUAGGGUCGACACAUUCGGCCACUCCAUGUCCCUGCAACCACUGCUCCAACAUCUGCAAAGAUUCACCGUGUCCCUGCCUGAGGACAGUGACGACCGGCGCCUAAUGUACCUCCUCCGUGUUGCGAUGGUGAACGCCAUGUCAGCGUACUGCAGCCUCGAGGCGUCACGACUGUCCACCUACACUGGAAGCGAUCCUCUCAGCCUGAUUGCCUACAGGCAACAGCCGACACCACCGGCGCCGCUGACAUCAACCACGCCGCCUCCGGUUCCUCCUGUUGAGGCAAAGUUGAAGGAGGGAGGGGGCUGGGUUUUGUCGGCGAUUCGUGCUGCGCAUCUCUCUGAUCUAGCCGGAUACGCUUUUAUUCCUUCUCCACCUCCUACUCCUGGCCACACUGAUGCUGCUAAACCGCACGGUGCGCAUUUUGGACGAAACAUCGACAAGAACGUUUCCUUCCACCGCGAUAACCGAUCUAGGGGCAUGGAAACCGCUGAAGACUCCGACGUGUCGGAUGCCUACCUCGACGCCAGCGAGGACGCCCCGAUGGCCAGUGCGGACUCGGCAACGUCGACCUCCACCGCACUCCGCCCACCCGCUGCUCCCCCGCUUCCCGAGUGGCCCGCAGACGAGCACCCCCCGGUCAACCCCCUUGCCGAGAACCCCGACAGUGCCUGGCGCGCCACCUCGGUGCGACCGCCUCCCAUGCCCUCGUCUUUCCCGCAAGAAUGGGCCGCGCUUGUUGCCAGCGAUGUGGAAAGAAUGGCAGGUGCCAGCAGCAGUAGUCAAGCCUCGUCCCCGGCUGCGACCAGUACCGAAAGUGAGGACCUGGAGGUUGAGGAGCUGACCGGCUCGGUGUGCCGUCUCUCCGACGCCUACAUCGCUGGAAUGCCUACCAAGCGACGAAGGUUAAUGCUUGAAAAGAAGCACACGCUGGUGUGUCCCGCGGACCAGCUCUUUGUGAACCUCCUCACCGAGGCCGUGUCGCUAACGCAGGCCGAGGGAACGGCUGGAGAUGCCGUCUCCGCAAGCGCAUCUCUGCCGCCGCAGAUGCCUCCUCCGCGUGAAAUCACCGAGGCCUUCAAGACCUACGUCUCCGACCGGCUCUCCGCGCGCCUCGCCAACGACCCCGACUUCGACCCCGUGCGCCAUCCGGCUGCUAGGGACACGUUUGGGGAGAAACGCACCUCGAAAAAGUGA